AUGGUUUACUUACGGUUGGCAGCAUUUUCUGCUCUGGUAGGGCUUCAACUAAUCGGUGCCCAAGACCUGAUCUCGGACCCUGGCCAAGCCGGCCCACAGCUCGAGCUGGUACAUCUUUUCAAUGACCAGUGGCCUACUGGCAUAGCUGUCUCGUCGACUGGCCGCAAGUUCGCCAACUACCCAGGUGGUCUCGACCAAAACAACACCAACGACGGAACCAAUGGGAAAUACACAGUUGCUGAGCUGUUCGACAACAACACCGAGAAGCCAUACCCGAGUGCAGACAUCAACAACCCACCCGGCGGGGCCAUCAACUCCACCACCACCCCUCCAUCCGGCGCCAACUACCAGGACUACUUGAUCGGGGUCCAGAGCGUGGUCAUUGACAGCGCAGACCGGCUGUGGAUCCUCGACACAGGCAGGGUCCUGACCCCAGAGGGCGUGCUCGUUCCAGCCAGCGUCGGCGGGGCAAAGCUGAUUGGGGUGGACCUGGAAACGGACUCCAUCAUCAAAACCAUCACUUUCCCCAACACAGUCGCCUACCCAGAUACCUAUCUGAAUGACGUGCGCUUCGACCUCGACCCCAGCUUGACAAACAGCGGGGAGGGCGUGGCUUACAUCACAGACUCAUCCAGCGAGGGCCGCACAGGCCUCGUCGUGGUCGACCUCGGGUCUGGAGAAUCAUGGCGGCAUCUGGACAGCAGCCCGUACGUGCAAGGGGACCGGCAGUUCCUCGCCUUCGUCUGGGGCCGCGAGCUGUACGCCAACCAGCCCGGCCGGCCUGCCUCGUUCAUAACCUUCGGCGUGGACGGCAUCGCGCUAGGCGCCGACGGCAAGGACCUGUACUUUGGCGGCGUCGGCAAUCGCUACCUAUACAGCAUCCCAACAGAACGCUUGCGUGACAACGGGCCCACUUCCGAGGUCAAGGCCCAGGCGGCUGUGGUCACUCGGAGUCAGAAGGGGCUUGCUGAUGGCUUCGAGACUGACAGCAACGGUCUCAUUUACCAUGGUAACAUGGAGAUCAACGCGGUCAACUACUUCAGCCCGGAGAACGGGACGGAUCAUGUCUUCCUGCGUGACCCGAGGAUUAAUUGGGCUGACACUUUCUCGGUGGCCACGGACGGGUACCUUUACUUCACUAACAAUCAGCUCGCAUUUGGCCCUGCCGUGUAUCCCGGGACGGAUACGAGACAGAGGCCUUUCAGCCUUUUCAGGGCCAAGCUUCCGAAUGGCGGCACCAAAGUUGGUGGAGGCUCUUGA